GGUCUUACACAGACCUCCCGUCUCUCCUUUUUCUUCCUUUCUCUGUUUCUUUCUGUCUCUCCAGGCCAGAGCUGACUGACUGUGAUUCCAGAGGCAAACACUGCAGUCUGCUCUCAGGAUCCGGCAGCCCCUCGACAUCAGGAUGGGCUGUUCAACGGGCCACCUCGCUUGCCAAAACCAGCCCCAGGGCGGCUCGGGGCAGGAGGGCCAGUCUCUGGAGGCCGGUGGCGCCAAAGUCCCCGAGGUGCUCUCCUCUCUGGAGCGUCUGUCCCAGGCCACCGGGGGCAUGGAGAAGUCCUGGUACCGCUGCAUCUUUCCCUUCGGAAUCAUUUCUUUGGUGAUCGGCGUGGCGGGAACCGGGGUGACCUACACCUACAAUGACCUGCCUCAGACUAAAGUGGUGUCAGUGGUGCUGCUUGUCAUGGGGCUUCUGCUGUUGCUGAUGGCCACCGCCUGUUGGACUGUCCACAAGAAGAAGAGAAGGAAAAAGAAAGAGGGAGGCUCCUUCACCUCUGAGCAGUGUCCCUUGUGAAGCACAUGGGAAAAAACAGUGGUAGGAACUGGAAAGCAGAGACAUGCCCAGGGCUGGGAGCUUACGGCUUGGCUACAGACCUCCUCCCAGCACCAAAUCCCCUCUAUUCUUUAGUUUGGCUCAGCUCAUACCAGAGAGAGCUGAGGAAUCAUAGAGAGUGGAAGGACAGCUAGACAGACAGGACUCUGAGUAUCUGUUUAGUCUGUAAAGUUUGGACCAUUUUGGAUUGUUAAGGAGGGAUCACCAAGGCCUCUUUUCUCAUCAGACAGCAGGUGUCCAGUGUCAAAACAACCUCUGAGGAGACACACACAAAUAUGCACAGCACACUACAUGCAUAUUUACGCGCACGGAUACAUGGCAGUCCUCACUCACAUAAGCACCAGGAGCCACAGUGGGAGCUCGCACAGACACCCAACACGCUAUGCAGAGCUGCUGCCGGAGUCAACGCUGGCGUCACUAGGCACGUCAGUCACAGCAUUCCUCUCGUCAGGACAGGUGACUCUCCAAGAGGCCAGAAGUGGGCCAAAGACGGGAACCCGAUACCCAGCCCAAAGAGCAGCACACUCGCGUCAGCGGCCAGCGUCAUUCACUCGUCCUGUGACACCGCAGCAAUGUGUUGGGGGCUUUUUUUACGCAAUGGGAGAGUGGAACUUGAGUCCAGCAGGAUCUUACUGGCAUCUAUGUGGACGUUUGAGCCGGAGAGGGCAGACGACCUGCUGGGGAAGUGGAAGGUGUUUGUGUGCGCGCUCAAUAAAAGAUUCUGGUGAACUGAAAAGAUUGUUGGAGCUUGGACUUCACCACUGAGGAACAUUUGCACAUAUUGCCAUGGCCACGCUGACUUCUAGUAACGCAACAUACUCUAAAAAGACCUUUUGUAGCUUCAGCUUCACAUUACAAAGGAGCGGGGCACUGACUUUCUGACUGACUGAUUGCCCUCCUGUCAAUGUGCGAGCAUUUACGCCCUGCUAGUGUCUUCGUGGGGCACCUUAACCCCACACAUGGCAGGCCAGGAUUAUUGAAGGACACUACCCGAGGGGACAUGCCACUGCAGGGACACUUUGACUGAUCCUGCUCCCCUAGGGCCCCUCCCUCUUGGUGCCUUGAGCAAGCACUCAUGGAAAAAGGCUCUGUCGCAUUCCCCCGUUUCCAUCUGAACCCCUGAGAAUUUCCCCCCUUGUUCUGUCCCCUCGUCCAUCCCGUAUACCUUCCUCCCCAGUUUCUGACUUGAUCCCACUCAUUGUGAUAUAGCCCAGGAGGAAGUGCUUUGACAAAUGAAGACACACACACACACACUUAAAUAUAAUCCCCAUAGUCCACAAACAUUAGUCUGGAUCGCUGUGUGCCAAAGGAAGUGGAUUAUUUUCUCUCUCUGCAGGAAAGAAUAGUGACUGAGAGUGAGUGAUAAAUCCAUUUCUCAGUCUGAAAAAUAUGUUACAAGGCUGUAUCCAGUGAAUACUGAUUCAUGUUUGUGCUGUAAGUGACUCUGGGGUUUCCCUUUCAUAUACUUUUUUUCUUCUCAAGAGAACGAGUGAAUGUAGCUGCGCUCAGCUCCUUAUCUGUGAAUAGGUGCUUUCUGUUAGUGUAUGGUCUCACAGGAUGAGACGCACAAUGGCAUUUUAUUCUUCUUGUCUUAAAUAAUCUUGUUUAUGUCAGUGAAUGUAACGCGGGAUGGAGAGUAUAAAUCACAGCAUACAGAAUGUGUAGAAAUUGAGUGUAGCCUGUUUGUCUCCAUGUGAAGGACUGUCUACAAGCACUCUGUUACCCUUGAGAAAUCAUUGAUCACCACUGCAUUGAUUCUGGCUACCAGAUUAGUGACGCCUGUUGCUGAGUGAAUGUGUCUGUGCAUCCAGAGGUAGCAGUUAACACACGAUGCCAAAGACCAUCCUGGAGGCCAGCUGCUUCAAUAGGCAUGCAAUCGAUCAGUCCUUUCUCCCGCAUUUCUUGCGGCUCAGUGCAUUUAGAUGUUCCGUUUGCAUACUGAUUGUCAGUCAAACUCUUAUUUAGUUUAAAUAAGGAGAAGAGAGGGGAAGAACGGAGGAAACAAGGAGGCGAUAGUGCAAGACAAAAGCAGAAUCUGGGAAGUCAUUCCUUUUACUUUUAUGUGAGAGUGGGGAGCUGUCCCUGCGGAUAGAUUGGGAUCAGCCAACCUGAACAGAGCGGCAUUAUUCUUGGGGGAUAAGAUGCAGCUCUGGCAGCAGCUGUGAAAAUGACAAUUUAACCAGACUUUAAGUCUGUUUUGAACCUUUAUCUACUAAAAAAAUAGGAUUAACAAUCUGCAUUCGCAAGCAUACUGCACGGUACGGCUGGGCGAUAUGGACUAAAAGUCAUAUCCCGAUAUAUUUAGGAUGAAUAUUGAUAUACGAUAUAUGUCCCGAUAUUUUUAUCGCAAAGUGAGAGCAAAUGUUCAAAGUCAAAUAUGACAUGUCACAAGUAGUUUUAUUGAAACUUUUUAUUUAAGUGAACAUAAAUACUGUAUAGCAACAGGAGUACCUUUUUUUUCUUCUUUUUUUAAAUCAAAGCUCCAUAAAGUGCUCAUUUAAAUAAAAAUAUCUUAAAUAAAAAUAGCCUAUGAAAUAAAAUAGACCAAUCUUUUUCUGAAAUAAAUAUAUUUAUAUGAGAAAAGAAUAACGAACAUUACAAAAGAACUAAAUAUGACAAACUCUAGUAAGGGCAGCAUUUAUAUAUAUAAAAAAGAAGAAAAAAUUUAACUAUAUCGAUAUAUGGGAUAUGGUCUAUUUCCAUACCACAUUUAAAAAUAUAUCGAUAUAUUUUUUAUAUCGAUAUAUUUUUUUAUAUUGAUAUAUCGCCCAGCCCUACUGCACGGCCCCUAAUUCUUUGAAGUUCUUUAAUAGCUCGGUGCAUUGUGGUUCCAUUCUUGUCCUUGUUAACUUUAAAGCGACAGUGUGUGACAAUAAAAAUUGAUGUCAGGUGACCAGAUUUUUUUGUUUUGUUUUGUUAGAGAUGUGAAGUGAUUUCCCUUCUGCCUUCUGAAAAAUGUAAGGGAAGAUCUACCUCUCUGCUGCGGGGGAAAACACAUCCCUCACCCAGGAGACAGCCACGCUGUCUGCCAAUGCUGUUCGUCACUCCAGCAGUGACACAAAAUAUGUUUGUGUGCCCUCUGAUAUUUGGUGCUGUAUAUAUAUGACAAUUUUAUAUUUCUACUGUACUAUAUUUCUACUUAUAUGUAUUAUAUGUACUUAAUUGUUGUAUUGAAUAAAUGUUAUGUGAACACA